AUGCCCAAGCAAGAAUCGUGCCCUUUAACUACUGCCAAUGCAUUAUUGGAGAAAAGACGAGAAUUGGCAGACGUGGAAGCAGCUCUUGCUGAUCAAAAGGAGGACUUCCAGAUGAAAAUGAAAAUUUUGCAGCAGAGAAGAGAGGAUCUAAAAGAAAAGGAAGAAGAGCUGAAACAAUCACUCCUGAAAUUUGAUAAGUUCUUGGAGGAAAAUGAUGCCAAGCAAAACAGAGUAAAGAACAAAAUAAUUACUGAAACUGAACUAGUAAAACAAAAAGAGAAGGAUAUUAUUCGAUUUGAAGCAGAACUGAAAGUUCUUAUCGAUAAGAGGGAGCAACUGAAAAAGAAAGUGGAAUCAUAUUCCAUCUAUCCAAAAUUCUUGGAGAAAGUAAUCAAAAUAUCAAACGAGUUUCAGGAUAUCAGAAUGGUGAACACACAUUUUGAGACUUUGCUUGGCACACAUGAUCUUCUAAUUACAAAGUACCAGGAAGAUCAAGAAGUCAUGAAGACAAUUAAAUCCAAUCAUAAUCAAUUUAUGAUGGAAAAGAACAAUGAUAUAAUGAUGUACCAUAAUAGUCUGGCUGUACUAAAAACUCGAUUGGACGAAGCCAAAGCUAAAACUAUAAAAGGGGAAUCCCUUUGGGUACAUAUUCAAAACACCGCAGCCAAAAGGACCCUUAUCUUGGGUAUGACAAAGAUGGCAAUUUUUAACCUUUACAUGCACAUAAGAAAAGCAGGUAUACAACCUGGCACUGUAUCAGAGGACACAAAUAUGCAGCUUCAGGCAAUUCAACAUUACAUCCUGGAAUUGAGUGAUAUUGUACAUGACCUGAAGAGACAUUUAGAGUUUGGCUCAUCUUCAGUUGCACCAACAUUAUAA